GUAUGUGACCCAGCUACUCCUAUUUGCCAGGGAGCAGGAAGAGCGGCCAUGGCAGUCGGGGAGAGCCAGCUCCAAAGGAUUAUCCGAGAUCUGCAUGAUGCUGUUGCAGAGCUCGCAAAAGAGUACAAGGAAAGUGGGGAGCCAAUCACAGAUGACAGCACCAGUCUGCACAAAUUCUCCUAUAAACUGGAGUAUCUGCUACAGUUUGACCAAAAGGAGAAAACCACUUUUCUGGGCACUAAGAAAGACUACUGGGAUUACUUCACUGAUUGUUUGGCAAAGAUCAAAGGAGCCAAUGAUGGCAUUCGUUUUGUGAAAUCCAUUUCUGAGCUGAAGACGUCUUUAGGAAAAGGACGAGCUUUUAUCCGCUACUCCCUGGUUCAUCAGCGAUUGGCUGACACGCUGCAGCAGUGCCUGAUGAACAAGAGAGUCACCAGUGACUGGUACUAUGCAAGAAGUCCCUUUUUGAAGCCACACCUUAGUGCUGACAUAAUAAAUCAUCUGUACGAGCUCAACGAGGUGCAGUUUGAUGUGGCUUCCAGAGGCCAUGAUCUUGAUGCCUCCUGGCCAACAUUUGCAAGGAGGACACUAGGAAAUGCUAGUUCACCUGGCCACAUGUGGAAACCACCAAGUCGCAGUUCCAGUAUCAAUAGUCUGGCCAGUUCUUACUCUCAGCAAGCGCCUGAGUGUGCCUCCAGCCCAGACUAUGGGCAUAGUUUAUUGAAUGAUCUGAAUGAUUCCCUACCAGCCUGCAUGGAAGAUAGCAACACAGUUGAAGACCUUCGCUUGGAGCUCGAUCAGUCUGAGCUAAAGCAAAGAGAUCUCCUUGAUAAGGUUCAGCAGCUUGGCGAGGAGUCUGCCGAGAUGAAAGGAGUAAUUGAAGAGCUUCAGAGUCAGCUCAAUGUGUCGCUUGCCGCUCAAGAAGGGCACCUGCGCUUGCAGGAAGAACUCAGAGACUUGCAGGGGAGAGAAGUUGCUCUAUCCCGCCAGGUGGAAGCUCUUAGAGCUGAGGAAAAGGCAAAGGAAACACAGCAUGCCUCACUUCAGGAAAAGCUGGCUGCUGCCGAGCAAAAGAACAUAGAGCUCAUGGCCAAAUUGGAUGGGAUUCUAGAUGAGAAAGGCCAGCAGGCUGCCAGUUAUUUUGAUUCAGCGCAGAAGAUUCACGAGUUGUUAGACAAGUUAAAGGAGGCAGAGAAAGGGAAGAUGGAAGCUUUAGCUGAGAUGGAGGAGAACAGGAGACGGGUAGAGAGGCUGCGAGAGGAGGCAAGAGUCAGUGAGGGGAAGUGGAAGGAGAAUGAAACAAAGCUUGAGGCAUUGCUGACUUCUUCUGAAGAGGACAAGGCCAAGUUGAAGGCAAAAGUGGAGGAACAGUCCAGUACUCUGGAAAAGCUUCAGGGGGACCUGGCGCUGAGAGAAACGGAGACGAGCAGUCUGCAGAAAGAGUUGGAGGACUUGAAAGGAUCUCUAGAAAAGAAAGAACAUGAUUUAGAGGAGGUGAAGAGGAGGGCAAAGCAAGAAAAAGAAGAGAUGCAGAAAAUUUUAGAUAAUUCAAAGGAGUCUUUAGAAGCUAAAGUUAAUGAACUUUCUCUGAAGCUUACAAACAAAGAAGCAGAGCUAAGCUCCAGCAGUGAGACACUACAAAAGCUAGAAACCAAGAACAAAAUGCUGAUUACAGAAAGGGACAAACUGACCGCUAGCCUAGAUCAGUACCAGGCAAAGAUCAGAGAACAGGAUUCUUUGGUGGAGGACUACCAGAGGAAAUGUGCCAGCUUACAGGAAAUAAAAGAGAAGCUGGUGAGCAGAAAUGAGGAGCUGGAAAAGGAGAUGGCAGAGAACAGAAUGGUGCUUGAGGCUGAACUGGUAGCUUUAAGAGCUUCUGAGAAACAGCUGCGAGGUCAGGUGGAUGAUGCCAAGAUGACGGUGGAUGAAAAAGAGAAAUCUCUCCGAGAGGAGAACCGCAGUCUGGAUGAGAGUCUGCAGCGGGCCACAAUGGCUGCAAAACAAUCAGAGAGUACAGCAAAGCGGCUGGAGCAGGAGAACCAGACUCUGAGGGACGAGCAGGACAACUUAAAGGCAACACUAACUCAGUUAGAGAUGGACUUGAAAAAUGCUCACGUUCAGAUCAGAGAACUGGAAAAAAACUUGGCUGCUUUAAACACUAAAGAGGUCAGUCUUCAAGAACAACUCAAUACAAAAGAAGAGCAGAUGGAAAACAAAGAUAAGGAAGUUGUUAAAUUGAUGUCAAUGUUAAAAGAAUUGGAGGCAAAGGAGAAAGAGACUGAGAUAGCCAAAGCAAAGGCAGAAGCAACUUGUGUUAAACAGGCAGAACUGAUAGAAAGGAUAACAUCAGAGAAGCAGACAAUGGAGACGUUACAACUAGAGAGGAGCUCAGCCCAAGCAAAGGAGAGCCAGGAACUGAUUGCUAAGGUAAAUGUAGUUGAAAGCCAGUUGGAAGUUAGAACAAAGGAUGUCUCCAGGCUCCAGGAAGAAAUCCUGGACCUGAAAGUGCAAGUGCAGAGAUCUGAGGAGGAAAAACUGAAAUCUCAAGCACAGCUGGAGUUGACAGAGGCCCAAAGAGAUGAGCUCAGGUCUCUUACUGAGCAGCUUAAGUCCCAAGCAGAGGGACUGAACCAGAGGCACAUGGCAGAGCUCCUGGACUGUAAAAAGAAAGAAGAGGCAUUGGUUCACCAGUGUGAUCGAGAAGUAGCUGCCUAUGCGGAGUUAUCUAAUUCUUCCGCUGCCAUUCGGGAAGAGCUUGCUGCCAUCAAAGCAGAAAACGGCAAGCUGGCCUCAGAGAACACAGAGAUCCGUGAGGCUUUGCACAGAGCAAACACAGAGAUGGCAGAGCUGGGGAUGACCAUCUGUAAGCUGAACGCAGAGAGGGAAGAAGCAAGCGAACACUUAACAGCUGAUGCUGCUAGGAUUGAAGAGUUGGAGAAAGAAGUGGAGCGGAUUGAGAAGUGUGUGAACGACUUACGGCAGGAGAACAACCAUUUACAGGAGGAGCUGACGCAGAAGGAGUCCCUGCCUGGGACUAUUGAGGAGCUCCAAGAGGAGCUGGAAAAAGCCAAAAACCAAGUGCGCAGCGUUAAGGACUGCUGCCGAGAGGAGAUGGAUGCUGUCAAGUUCCAAAUGAGCUCUGAGACCAUGAACCAUCAGGUUCAAAUAAAGGCUUUGACUGAAAAUUUGGAGAAAGUUUCUGCACAGCUGGAGGAGGAGCAGAAAAUAGUUUCCAGCUUGGAAGAGGAAGUGUCUGAACUCAAGGCUGUGAAUGAAAAAUACUUGCAGCUGAUUGGUGAGAAAGAUGCUUACAUCACGCAGGCGGAAGCCAGCAUCCGUGAGAAUGAAGACGAAAUUCAGCAACUGAGAAGCUCUGUAACCAGUUCUGAAGAGGCACACUUGGCUGCUCAAACCAUGUGCGAGGAACUCAAGCAGAAACUUGAAGCAACAGAGUCUGAGAAACAAAGUCAAUAUCUGAAGAUGGGUGCAGAGAUUGAGGACCUCAACAAUACGAAGAUUAACCUGGAGGAGAGGCUUAUUGAGCUGAUCAAGGACAAAGAUGCCCUGUGGCAGAAGUCUGAUGCUUUGGAGUUUGAGCAGAAACUGCGAGCUGAGGAGCAGUGGUGGUUGGUGGAUAAGGAGGCCACUCACUGUCUGGGCUGCAAUGGUCAGUUCACCUGGUAUCUGCGCAGGCAUCACUGCAGAGUCUGUGGCCGCAUCUUCUGCUAUUACUGCAGUAACAACUUUGUCAUGACAAAGCACAGCGGGAAGAAGGAGCGCUGCUGCAGCGACUGCUGCAAACAGCACAGUACAGUGGUGGAGAGGUUCACAGAGGCAGAUGUGAGUCCUUCAGAUACGCAGCCACCCCCAGCCGCUGUUGAACCCCAGCUUCCUCCGCAGCCGCCUCCAUACAAGGAGUCUUCCGGAGGAACUGUUUCUGAGCCCAGUAGCAGAUCUGACGAUGGAGGUUAUGACAUCAUCACAGAAGAGGAGGUGAAUGACGUCUACAACAGCGAUAGUAACUCUCAGACCACCGGAGGCUCUCUGGAGGAAGAUCAAGAGCGCCAGCAUCCAGGAACACAUGAAACAGGUCCUGGAGAUGUGACCCCUGAUGAAGACGGUGUCCCCACAGUUCAAGAUGCAGAGAUUAACCUCCUCAGAUCAGGGGAAGUCACAGCCACUGUCCCUCUGAGCAUUGAUGACAUUUCACAGUUUGGUGACGGCUCCAGGGAGCUCUUUAUCAAGUCCAGCUGCUAUAGUACCAUUGAUGUAACUGUGACAGAAUGUGGGACGAGUAUUGGCUGGAUGUUCUCCUCCGAGCCCAAGAGUAUCUCCUUCAGUGUGGUUUACCGGGAAUCCAGUGAAAGUGAGGUGGAACAGUCAAAGGUUCUGAUUUCUCUGACUCGUUGCAAUUCCCAUAAGGAGACAGUUCAGGGACAACUGAAAGCACGACACCCAGGCCUCUACACACUCAUCUUUGACAAUUCCUUCUCCAGGUUUAUCUCCAAGAAAGUGUUUUACCACUUGACCAUGGAGAAGCCUGUAAUCUACGAUGGAAGUGAUGGACCUUGAAGCUUUGUGGUACUGAGUGCUUGCCGUCUCUGCGACGGCUGGAGGGAAACUGACAAGAUAUCAAUGCAGUGACUUUAUUGGGUUUCUUUUUAUAUUUUAAACCAAGUAUUUUCUUAAAUUUUAAUCACUUAAUUGUUUUUCAGUUUAAGUUUUAAAGGUGUGGUUAGUAAGUGAAGGGGCAAUAUAAGGUUGAAGGAAAUCUUUAUACCUAUUUUAGCAUGUGUUGGUGUUCAUUUUAUCACUAAGUAACAUAUAUAGUUUAGUUUGUUGUUGCUGUAUUUUGUUUUCUGUUUAGUUUCAGUGGUCUUUUCAUAUUUCCAACACUAGAAAUGUAAAGAACAGUCUAAAGAAAGGCACAGGUUUUAACACAUUGUUUUGCAGUAAAUGGGUGUUUUUGGAGGAUUUAUUAACCUUUUCAAUCAAAUUGCACAAAAAAAGCACAUGUACUGUAAUUGGUAGUUUGGAUGUUAUAUUUGCACUCUAUUAUUGUAGGAAGAGAGGGAUGGGAAUUUGGAAGAAUCAAAGUUUUUGCUUCAUAAAAAAAAAACAAAAAAACACAAAGCUAGCAGUCUUUUAAGGAUUUUUUUUUUUUUUUUUCGGAAAUCUAUGGUGUUUUCAUGUCCUGGCUCCAUUGAUUAAAAAAAGAUAUCUUUUUCUGUGCAAAGCCAUUUUAAACAGCUGUGUCUAUCCAGUUUAUAGGGCCUCAUAAAUGGCUGUACUUCCACAAGCUGAUUUUAUGGGUCAUUAAAGUGACUUGCAUAGGAUCGUCAGCUAAAAAGCUCCUGUACCUCCUAAGUGCCUUUUUCAUUCGCACUGCCAGAGAUAUGAGUUUUUAAUGUUUUUAAAUUGUGGCCCUUGAUAUUAAUUACUGCCACUCUGUGAAAACUUCCAUUUUGUAUACACUUUAUAUAUUUACCUCAUCAUCUCCUGUUUUUGUCAGGUUUUUUUUUCCAUCCUAACAAUUUAAUGAUUUGUUUUAGUAAGCCUCUAAAGAAAACAAUCAUUUGUAUACACCAACCAAGUUUAUAAAGGGCUGUUUUUUGUUUAACUGGUGCAAAUUCUAUGCAAAGCCUCAAUAUUUUUCUAAAGGGCUUUUUUUUAAUUGUCACAAAUGUUAAAUGUCUUCAGAUGUUUUCUUUCUUGUUAACUUGCACAGAUGAAUUUUUCUAUUUUUUUGUGAGGCGGUUUUUAAAGAAAUUAAUGCUGCUUAAAUCAUUGUUACAGCCAUUAAAAGAUGGGAAAACAGCCAUUAAAGAAAUAAAAUGUGCAAAUGAAUAGUGUCCUCUGCCUUUAAUAAUUAAUUAUGGUAUCUCUGGGAUGGAAUGGGGAUCCAUCAGUUUUGAUAUGUAAAUGUUUUUGCCAAAUAAUGAAGUAAAAAUGCUAU